UGGUUCCAGCGUUGGAUAAACAAAGAUAUCAAAUCCGAAGGUAACGACACCAACGAACUUGAUCAAGAUAUUUCGCAUUUUCGGCCGUUGUGUAAACCUGCCAGCAUAUCAUCAGGAAGUAGGUGGUGGGGGAUUGUCUCCGAGUGGUUCGAGAGCAAUCAAAGCCAGUGGAUACGGUGGCUACAUGUGGAUAUCCGCCGGUCGUUUCAUUUUUAAACGAAUUGCGAUUUCCUAACGCUCAACAUAUCCAAUAAAAAAACGCAGUGUUAACUCUAAUUACUAUUAUUUUAAAUACGAGUGUGCACAAUAAAUUUAUCAUCCAAACAUGCAGAUGGAUCAGAUGACAAUGCAAUUGAUGCAGGUCCUCGAAAAGACCGUAUCGCAAGAUAAAAAUGAGCUAGAGGCAGCACAAAGUUUUUUAGAGCAGGCAGCUCUUACGAACAUUCAUGAAUUCGUACAAAGGCUCAGUGGAGUAUUGGCUACUUCUGCCGCCAGUACGAUAGCGCGUAUGGCUGCUGGUCUUCAGUUAAAAAAUCAACUUACAUCCAAAGAUCAUACCGUCAAAACCCACUAUCAACAAAGAUGGCUUGCCAUUCCAGCAGAAUCUAGAAGUUAUAUAAAGAAAAAUAUUUUAGCAGCACUUGGAACAGAAAACAAUCGGCCAAGCUCAGCAGCACAAUGUGUAGCUUACGUUGCAGUAGCAGAAUUACCUGUUGGUCAAUGGACCGAGUUAAUUCCUUAUUUGGUGAACAAUAUUACAGAUCCAAAUGGUACAGAAAUGAUGAAAGAAGCUACAUUAGAAGCUAUUGGUUACAUAUGUCAAGAAAUUGAAAGUGAAGUUUUAGUAGCUCAAUCAAAUCAAAUUCUCACUGCUAUUAUUCAUGGAAUGAAAGGUUCGAGCACAUCAAAUCACGUCAAACUUGCAGCUACUCGAGCUCUUUAUAAUUCUCUUGAAUUCACCAAAGGAAACUUUGAAAUAGAGUCUGAAAGAAAUUUUAUUAUGGAAGUUGUGUGUGAAACAACACAAUCUACUAACACACAGAUUCGAGUGGCCGCUCUUCAGUGCCUUGUGAAAAUCAUGUCAUUGUACUAUCAAUUUAUGGAACCUUACAUGGGCCCAGCAUUAUUCCCUAUAACACUAGAAGCAAUGAAAUCAGAUGUCGAUGAGGUUGCUUUACAAGGUAUUGAAUUUUGGUCUAAUGUGGCUGAAGAAGAAGUAGAUUUGUCAAUGGAAGAAGGAGAAGCCACCGAAGGAGGUCGUCCACCAUCUAAAGUUUCUCGACAUUAUGCCAAAGGUGCACUAGUGUAUUUGGUACCAGUAUUAAUCCAGAAAUUGACAAAACAAGAAGAGUUUGAUGACGAAGAUGACUGGAAUCCUUUGAAAGCUGCUGGUGUUUGUUUGAUGCUUCUAGCUUCAUGUUGUGAAGAGGGUAUUGUGCCUCACGUUCUUCCAUUCGUCAAUGAAAAUAUUGAAAAUCCUGACUGGAGAUACAGAGAUGCAGCUCUGAUGGCGUUUGGUUCAAUUCUUGGAGGAUUAGAGCCAACAACUUUGAGGCCUCUUAUUGAGCAAGCCAUGCCAACAUUAAUACAACUUAUGUAUGAUGUAAGUGUUGUAGUAAGAGACACAGCAGCUUGGACAUUUGGUAGAAUUUGUGAAAUAAUUCCUGAAGCAGCAAUAAAUGAAACAUACUUAAAGCCAUUGCUAGAAUCAUUAGCUAAUGGAUUAAAUGCUGAACCUAGAGUUGCUGCGAAUGUUUGUUGGGCAUUCACAGGCUUGGCUGAAGCAAGUUAUGAAGCAGCUGAAGCUGAAGAUGGCCAACAACCUGAAACUUAUUGUAUGUCAGUCUUUUUUGAUUAUAUCGUGCAAAAGCUUCUUGAAACUACAGAUCGUCCAGAUGGUGCGCAGGCGAACCUUCGAUCUGCUGCUUAUGAAGCUUUGAUGGAGAUGGUCAAGAAUUCACCAAGAGAUUGUUAUGUAACCGUUCAAAAAACAACAAUGGUAAUAUUGGAAAGACUCCAGCAAGUUUUACAAAUGGAAAGUCAUAUUCAAAAUCAUUCAGAAAGAGCACAAUAUCAUGAUUUGCAGUCACUACUUUGCGCAACACUUCAAUCAGUCCUCAGAAAAGUUACUCCUGAAGAUGCUCCUCGAAUUUCUGAUGCUAUAAUGACAGCUUUAUUAUCUAUGUUUAACUCUAACUCUGGUAAAGUGGGUGGAGUUCAAGAAGAUGCUCUUAUGGCAGUAUCAACAUUAGUUGAGGGUCUUGGAGAAGGUUUCCUGAAAUAUAUGGAUGCAUUUAAACCAUUUUUAUGCAUGGGUUUAAAGAAUCAUACAGAGUAUCAAGUUUGUGGAGCAGCAGUUGGUCUAACUGGUGACAUUUGUCGUGCUUUAAAGAAUAAAGUUUUACCAUAUUGUGAUGACAUUAUCACCUUAUUACUAGAAAAUUUGAGAAACAAUACUGUUCAUCGAUCAGUAAAGCCACAAAUUCUUUCCGUCUUUGGAGAUGUUGCUUUGAGCAUUGGACCUGAAUUUAAAAAAUACUUGGAAGUAGUAUUACAAACUCUUGCUGAAGCUUCUCAAACAGAUGUUGAUCGAAAUGAUUUCGACAUGAUUGAUUAUCUCAAUGAAUUAAGAGUAGGCGUAUUAGAAGCCUAUACUGGAAUUAUUCAAGGUUUCCGUGGAGAAGGUGAAAUCACAGGCGUUCCUAAUCCAGAUGUUGCUCUCGUUGAGCCACAGGUGCCGUUUAUCAUCCAAUUUAUCACAACAAUAGCCCAAGAUCGUGAGCAUUCUGAUGAAAGCAUGUGUGCUGCUAUUGGUUUACUUGGAGAUCUUGUUGUAGUCUUUGGAACAAAACUUUUACCUCUCGUAGAAACUGAACCACUUACUGAACUGCUUACCAAAGGCAGAAGAGCACGUAGUAAUAAAGCUCGAGCACUUGCUACUUGGGUUACUAAAGAGAUCCGAAAACUUAAGAAUGCUGUUAACUCUACGUCAAGUUGAUCACCCCAUGAUUGUACUCUCGUGCGAAUUGAUUUCACUAGAAAGCUAUCGAACACAAUACAAAGACAACAAGAUUGGAUGGUGCGGAUGCGAGUAGAUGGAUGUGCGUGAGUCCCAAUAUUAAAAAUUA